UAAUAUACUGUAAUGUGAUUAAUAUAAUUUGAGUGAGUCUCUCCUCCAUGUUGGUAUGAUCCGGGUCAAAGGUCAUCAGGUCUUGAACAAGAUGGCGGCCGCAGUGUUUUGGAGAAAGUCGGAAGUUCUCAGAUCCGCGAGGACUUCAGUUCAAACGUCGUGGUUCCACAGCUCGGCGGUUCUUCCUCAGCAGUCUGGUUCUCCUCCUCCGGAGUCGGGGUUCUUCCCGCCGGCUGAAGGCGUCAUGCUGCCGACAGGAAGUUUCACCAACAGAGUGGCGUUCAUCACAGGAGGGGGGACGGGACUGGGCCGAGCCAUGACCACCACCCUGUCGCAGCUGGGAGCUCAGUGUGUCAUCGCCAGCAGGAAGUUGGACGUCCUGCAGCAAACAGCUGAGGAGAUCUGCAGCCAGACUGGAAACAAGGUCCAUGCGGUUCAGUGUGAUGUCAGAGAUCCUCAGGCCGUCUCUCGUUGUGUCGACCAGAUUGAAACUCUGACAGGACUUCCUGAUGUGAUCAUCAACAACGCGGCGGGAAACUUUGUCUGUCCGUCAGAACGGCUGUCGCCAAACGCCUGGAAGAGCGUCACUGACAUUGUCCUGAACGGGACGGCGUUCAUCACUCUGGAGCUGGGCAAGAGGCUGAUCCAGAGUCAGAAAGGUGCGUCCUUCCUGGCCAUCACCACCAUCUACGCUGAGUCUGGUUCUGGUUUCGUGGUCCCGAGUGCGUCGGCGAAGGCCGGCGUCGAGGCACUCUACAAGUCUCUGGCUGCAGAGUGGGGGCGCUACGGCCACAGGUUCAACAUAAUUCAGCCUGGACCAAUCAGGACCAAGGGGGCGUUCAGUCGUCUGGACCCGACCGGAGCCUUUGAGAAGAUGAUGAUUAGCCGGAUCCCCACAGGUCGACUUGGAAAGCCAGAAGAGAUCGCAAACCUGGCAGCAUACAUGAGCAGUGACUAUGCUACCUGGAUGUCUGGAGCUGUGAUUCGGUUCGAUGGAGGGGAAUACGUGUCAAUGGCCGGAGAGUUUAACGAGCUGCGCAGGGUGACUCCAGAUCAGUGGAAGAUAAUGGAGGCAAUGAUCAGAAACACUAAAGGAUCCUAAAAAGACUCUAACCCUCCUCUUUGGACCCCGCCCACACAGGAACAGGAAAGACUGUUAGAUUGUAGCUGGUGAGGCUGCCAUGUGACCAACUGCACAUGCUCAGUGUAAACAUGUUUGUGGCAGUUUGAUAAUAAAACUGAAGUUUAACCCUCA